UACCAUUUCUCAUAAAUAUGAUGAUCGGUAAUGUACUGUGCUUAGUUGGGUUUUACACAUUAUAUCAAUUUUUGAAAAAGAUUUUUGAAGAUCAAGAACCUACGGUAUCGAAUAACAAUGAUGGAUAUUCAAGAAGAAUACCAAGUGAGCCUGAUAAAAAAGCAUAUUUUACGGCGUCACAGACUACAGUUGAUUCAUCGACGUCUUAUUUUCAAAGCAUUUACUCUGUUUCAAGAAGAGAACCAACGGAGCCUGAGAGAAAAAUAUAUUCUUCUCAAUCACAAAAUGGAACUCUAAAAAAAAUUAAUCCACCGAAGCCUGAAAAAAAUCUAAGAAUUAACCCGGUUUCAAGAAGAAAACAAACAGAGCCGGAAAGAAAAAUAUAUUCUUCCGUACCAGGGAAUUCUAUCGUAUCGAAAAUAAAUCCACCAAUUUAUAAAGAAGACGAAGGGCCAAAAGUUAAUAAUUUUUUAGCGUGGAUGAUAGACUUGACUACUGUCAAAAAUGAAUUAUCACUUCGUAAUAUUCAUAAUAGAUCAAUGUGUCUAUCACAAAAAGAUUUUCUUAAAAAUAUCGAUAUGAUACCAAAUUUAUCUGUUGACAUUAAAUACGAUAUAGUUCGUAUAUUACUUAAAAGUAGUCGACGUCAAUUUAGUAAUAAAAAAUACAAUAGUAAUGAUAAUAACAACAAAGUACAAAAAAAAUUUUUGGAUAUUUUUUAUGAACAGUUGAAAGCAAAAAUGGUUUUACUCGAUAAAUAUUCUAAAAGAUAUGAAUUAAUUAAAAUGUACGUUGUAAACACUCAUUCUCGAUAUCAUUACCAAUAUGAAAUUCAAGUGAAUUAUAUAUUUGACGUAUAUAGAUAUGAAGAUCGUAAAAAAUUCAAUAAUAACAUCGGUAACAAAAAAUUGCUUUGGCACGGGACGAAAACUAAUAAUGUAAUUUCUAUUUUGCACAACGGGUUACAAUUGAAUCCUGAUAUUCCAUCAGUUCAUAGUACUCUUAUGUUUGGUCGUGGGAUCUAUUUUACGAACAGCGUAUCCAAAGCUGCUAAUUAUUGUGGUACUUGCAGUAGUACUCGAAAUAAAUAUGGAGUUUUAUUUCUGUGCGAAGUCGCUUUGGGCAAGAUGAAGAUAUGUAAUGAAGCUGAGCCUGAUAUAAGAUUAACACAUCAUAUGAACUCUGUGUAUGCCAUAGGACAAUUAACAUCGAAUAGUAAAUAUGUUAAGACAAUUUGUCCUGAUGUCCAAGUACCCUGCGGCAAAAUAAUUGAAGAACCAUCUAAUAGAAACAAUUUAUUACGACACGAUGAGUUUGUUGUUUAUAAUCAAGAGCAGAUCAAAAUCCGAUAUGUUGUAUCUGUUAGCUUUAAGUAUAAUGCAAACCAAUGAGUAUUUUUUUUUU